UCCCCAUGCGUCGUUUGCGUACACAGACAAAUAACAUGGCAGACCGUUCUGAAAAGCAUAUUUAAAUUUUCAAAAUAUACUUCGAAUAGUCUAAAUAUUCAACUCGUUUCCAAGGAUUACGAGGUAUUUUUUUUUGUGCUUUGCAGCCGAUAUAAACCCCUGGUUAUGGAAUUAUGGCACGAGCUCCUGGGCACUUCUGCGCCGUCCAAUGUCUGCAUUCUGGCCUUGACAGUAUUCGUGGCCGUCUAUUAUCUAAUGCACACAUUUCGCAAACACCAGGAUUUCUCCAAUAUUCCUCCUGGUCCUAAACCAUGGCCAAUAGUUGGAAAUUUCGGCGGGUUUCUGGUUCCCAAUUUCAUCUGGAGGAGGUUUGGAGGCUGGGGAGGGAAGGACGUCCCAAAGUCCAAGACACGAGCUCUAAUUUCGCCUCAAGUUAUUAUCACGGAACAAGCUAAGGUUUACGGUAACAUCUACAGUAUGUGGGUAGGGAGUCAGCUGGUAGUAGUACUGAACGGAUAUGAAGUGGUCAGGGAUGCCCUCUCAAACCGGGCAGAUGUGUUCUCCGACAGACCAGAGAUUCCCACCGUUACCAUCAUGACAAAGCGGAAAGGCAUAGUUUUUGCACCUUAUGGACCAGUAUGGAGAAGGCAGCGCAAGUUCUGCCACACCACGCUGCGGAACUUUGGCCUGGGCAAGUUGAGCCUGGAGCCCUGUAUCCUUGAGGGGCUGGCUGUGGUCAAAUCUGAGCUGCUGCGUCUCAGCGAGGAAGAUACUGAGGGUUCAGGAGUGGACCUGACCCCUCUGAUAACUAACUCUGUGUCCAACGUAAUCUCCUACAUCGCUCUGGGCCAGCGCUUCCACCACACUGACCGGGAGUUUGGCGCCCUGCUGGACCUGAUGGCCCGCGGCCUAGAGAUCAUCGCCAACAGCGCGGCGGUCCUCAUCAAUGUCUUCCCCCUGCUCUACUACCUGCCCUUCGGUGUCUUCAGAGAGGUACGGCAAGUGGAAAGGGACAUCACUGCUUUCCUGAAACAGAUCAUCACCAGACACAGGGAGACGUUAGAUCCAGCCAACCCCAGAGAUCUUAUAGACAUGUACCUGGUAGAGAUGCUGGCCCAGGAGGCCGCUGGGGAGACGGACAGUAGCUUUUCAGAGGACUAUCUAUUCUACAUCAUAGGAGACCUCUUCAUCGCUGGUACUGAUACCACCACCAACACAGUGCUGUGGAUGAUGCUCUACAUGGUCGUGUAUCCAGAUAUCCAAGAGAGGGUGCAGGCGGAGAUCGAUGCAGUGGUGGGCCCAGACAGGGUCCCGUCUCUCACUGAUAAAGGCAGCCUGCCGUUCACAGAGGCCACCAUCAUGGAGGUGCAGAGGAUGACUGUGGUGGUCCCCCUGGCCAUCCCUCACAUGGCCUCAGAGACCACAGAGUUCCGUGGCUAUACGAUCCCUAAGGGCACAGUGAUCAUCCCCAACCUGUGGUCUGUCCAUAGGGAUCCCACUGUGUGGGAGGAGCCAGACGACUUCAACCCCUCUCGUUUCCUAGACGACCAGGGGAAUCUCCUGAGGAAAGAGUGCUUCAUACCGUUCGGAAUAGGCCGCAGGGUGUGUAUGGGCGAGCAGCUGGCUAAGAUGGAGCUGUUUCUGAUGUUCACCAGCCUGCUGCAGGCCUUCAGUUUUAGACUGCCCGAGGGGCUGGCCCCUCCUCCCAUGCACGGGCGCUUUGGCCUCACCCUGGCCCCCUGCUCAUACACUGUGAUUGUGAGGCCCCGGCGAUGAGGCCACCAGACGAACAACAACCGCUGACACUGUAAUUAAGCCAUAAGGCACAAGAGGAAGUGGUGUAUCAUGAAUACAGUCACAGGUAAACGGCGUUAGUUGGCCCGAUGCGACAGCAUCAGCCAGUCAACCCAUUUGUCUGUGACUGUAUUCAUGAUACUGCCUCGUGCCUUAUUGCUUUUAUAAAACUGUUGCUAAAAUAACAAUUAAUUACAUAUUUUAAUUAAAACAGUAUGUUGAUAAGUCAUACUAUUUAAUUCUUCCACCAGAAGAUAUAGUCCAGACAAAAAUCAGGUUUUUAGUUAUUUUUGUCAUGUUGCUACCGAUGCCACCCAGUCUUCAUUUUUUUUUGCAUAGUUGCUAUGCAAAGGUACCGGGAGUUCAUUCUAAACAAAAUGGGUGCAAUGCAGGGGGACCAUGUCUGUUCCAAGGACCCUAUGUUCCCAGGGCCCCAUGUUCCCAGGGCCCCAUGUUCCCAGGGCCUAAUGUUCCCAGGGCCCCAUGUUCCCAGGGCCUAAUGGUCCCAGGGCCUAAUGUUCCCAGGGCCUAAUGUUCCCAGGGCCCCAUGUUCCCAGGGCCUAAUGUUCCCAGGGCCUAAUGUUCCCAGGGCCCCAUGUUCCCAGGGCCUAAUGUUCCCUCAACCAUUUUUUUCCUUCAGCUCUAUCUUCUAAACAUGACAACAGUAAAUAUUAAAGACAAAAACCUUCUGUCAUGUAAUAAAAUAUUUUACAUAGCUUAUAUUUUUCAUACCCUUUGUAUUUUGGUGCGUUAAUCCACUGUUACUGAUGGCCAGUAUUCUGUUACAUGUUUUUGAAAUAUGUAUUUCAAUUACUUGAGUAUUUUGUCAUUUGUAUUUCACUGGACUGAAAUAAGUUUAAAAAUCAAAAAUUAUUUUGAAUAUCUAUUGCAUUAUGAUCUUGAUGUGCUUUAAUGCAUCUGUUGCGCACACUAUUCUUGUCUUUCAAUAGAAAGUGAUCUUGCAUCCUAUCAAACUACAAUGCUAUUAUUGACUAAUUUCUAUAUCAGAGCAAUAGUAGGAAUCUAAUAAAACACACCACAUCAAAACUGUGUGAAAGGUCAUGGAACGGGCUAAAUAGUCACGUGACCACUGCCACACAACGACCUUCCUACUUUCCAUGGUGUCUGAGUGUCAGUCUGCCUGUACGUUCAGCCACAGCCAGCUCCUUCAUUCUGGUGCGGUCCUCUCCGCAUUGCAAACCAUGGCUUUCUUCACUCACCAAGUCAUCAGAGGUCUCUCCUCUUCUGCAGUCCGAAAUGCAGCGAUCAAACACGUUACGAUCAUCGGGGGUGGUCAGAUGGGUGCAGGUAUCGCACAGGUUGCUGCUACAACAGGCCAUUCGGUGGUGCUAGUUGACACAAAUGAGGAAAUCCUGAAGAAAUCCGCCAAGGGAAUAGAAGGCAGCCUGAAGAGGGUGGUCAAGAAGAAGUUCGCUGACAAGCCAGAUGCAGGAGCAGAGUUUAUUGCCAAGGUGAUGGCCAACGUGUCCAUAUCGACAGACGCAGCGUCUGUGGUGGGGAGUACAGACUUGGUGCUGGAGGCCAUUGUGGAGAACCUCAAGA